AUGGAUUUUACGAUCUCUAAAGCUAAAUCACACUCGAUUUCCUCCACCACAACUCCGCCGGAAACCGAAGAUCUCGGUCCCGGUGCUACAGAUCCGGUAACUACUCAACUCCAACUGGCUCAUUAUCAAUCCGCUGCUUCUCUCGACAAAGAGGCGGUUCUCCGGAGAAUUCGUUACCACAAACGCUUACGCAAACUCAAAGGCACAUUUGAGUCUGUGGUGAAUAAGAACCCUAGCGAUGGAUACGACAAGUGGUUUGAACCCACCGAUUCUUUCACUUCUCCUUGA